AAUAAUUUUCAACAGACUGAACAAACCACUUUGAGUCCAGAGUUGUGGUUGUAGCAGCGUAAAAAUAAUCUGAAUACAGAAGCUAAGUAUGCUCAAUAGUGACUCAGCUGAUCCGAACUGACCAGCUUCUCCUUUGGAUGAUGAUUCACCAAUUUAUAACAGCAGUAUUGAAAAUGCACACUGUCUCUAAACCUGUUGAUUUGUCUGUCUCGCCUUCUGUUUGCAGUGCAGUUCUCGGUAGGAUGAUCAGUAAUCACGAAGACGAUGAGUUUGUUGCAGUGCGAGUCCAAGAUCCCCGCAUUCAGAACGAGGGUUCUUGGAAUUCAUACGUCGACUACAAAAUAUUCCUACAUACCAACAGUAAAGCCUUCACGGCCAAGACGUCCUGCGUUCGGCGGCGCUACAGCGAGUUUGAGUGGCUCAGGAAGAAGCUGCAGAAGAAUGCAGGCUUGGUUCCAGUCCCGGAUCUUCCUGGAAAAUCCUUCUUCUCCUUCAACAAUGAGGACUUUCUGGAGAAAAGACGGAGAGGACUCCAAAUCUUCCUGGACAAAGUGGUGAACACCACCGUGUGUCUGUCGGACAGCCAGCUCCACCUCUUCCUGCAGACCCAGCUGCCGAUCGGUCACAUCCAGGACUGCGUUCAGGGACUGACGCCGUACUCCGUGACGGACGCCAUCCUCACCUACGCCUCGUCCAACCGGGGCCUGGCUCAGGCUCAGCAGGAGGACUCCAUCAGGGAGCCCGGUCUUGCCGUCUCUUAUGAGUCCAUGGAAAGUCCGGCUCCUCACCUGCCUUCCCUGCAACCGAUCGCAGCGCUCAACUCUAAACCUGUGGGCGGUGGAGAUCCAGACCCUCUGGAAGACAUUUUGGAGCUCUGUGAGCAGAAGCCAGGUGGAACGCAGCACAGGGGAAACUCCUCGAUAAGGAUCUCCCAGAGGAGCGACCGGCUGGAGGCUGUUGUGGAGGAUGCCGGCUCGGCGCACGCUUCCUUCUAUGUGGGGGAGAUCCUGGACGACUCGGGGAGCCUCAGCUCCUCAGAGCAGAGCUGCGUGAUUCAGACUCCCGUGGAGGUGCACUCACCCAUGGAGACGGGCUUUGAAGACGGCUGCGAAGGGGACGGCGUCUUCGAAGACAAAACCAAAGAAAGGAAAAACACAGAGUCUGAAAUUAGUGCGGAUUCCGCGGCGGACAAUAAUAUCUUGGAAGUUGUGGAAAGCCUCUCUGAGACGCCUAACGGUCGCCAUGCAGAAAUCGAAACAGGCGGCAAACGAGGCGAUGAAUCAGAGGCGCCCCUUGAGUCAGGAGUUCACGUGGAGAGUCAGAACGUGAACGGCGAAUUAGAGGCCGAUCUCAGCGACUCACGCCGACAAAUCCACCAAGAGGACACCGAAAAUGAGGACAGAGGCGAGAGCGACGAGGACAGCCGCUCGCUGCUGUCUUCCAAUGAGAGCAUCAUCCGGUGCAGCGAGGAGGAGAGUCUGGGCGAGGAGACGGACGACUCUGUGCAGGUGAAGUCGUCUCCGGACGAGGUCAAGGACCGGUCAGAGUUGGAGGGCUCCAGUGGGAACAUUUUGUACAUCAACAGAUUUAAGGAGAACAAAGCGGACGCUCAGGACUGGGAGGAUAACGACCAGCAGUACACAACUGCAGAGCCUAAACCACCUGCUUCUGACGGAGAUCUGACUGAAAACUGUGACUUUAGCAUUUUGGAGAACAGCUGUCAGUCUGGAGUAGAUGAAGGUGAAUUUACAACACAGGAAGUUGGGGCCUCGAUACCUUUGGAGGGAUCAGAGGAGGCUGAGGAGGCGUAGGUACAUCAGUGGAGCUAAACUUACUCUGGCUGCUGGUGCACCGUCACUGAGCCAGAACCAGGGGUCUUUAGUCUCUACUGCCAAAGAAACAACAAGGCACAAACAAAGAGAUGUUCUGUUACAUGAAACCUAAAUACACAGUGCCUUGCAAUAGGAUUUAUGCUCUUUAAACUUUUUCAUACAUAUAAUUAUGUUUGCUGCAAACAGAAACUUCAGCGUAUUUCAUUGGGAUUAUGUUAUAGACCAGCACAAGGUAGCGUCGCGUUUCACGAACACCUAAAAAGUGCUUGUAUGCAUUUUUAUUCUGAACUUGUUUUAAAACUACACAAUUUACAAUUAUGCACAACCCUGUGUUGGUCUACCACCUUAAAUCCCAAUAAAAUACUUUUAAGUUUGUAGUUGUGAGAAAAGUACAAGGGGUAUGAAUACUUCUGUAAGGCAUAAAUCAUCUUCACAAUGUUUUAUCACAGUCAAAAAAGGGCAUAUUAAUACAAGAUCAACAGAUUUAAGUUCUCUUCUCUUGUUGUUGCUGCAACUUUUAAAAAUAGCUGAUCAGAUAAAAAGAACUAAGAAAAACACGUUUUUCAUCAGUUUGAUCAAUCUGAUUUAUUUAUCUUGACCACCAGAGGGCACUAAAUGUACAGAGUUCACAAAAAGAUGCUGCUCAAUUCCUAUUAUUUGCCGUCAACAUCUUAAAUAAAUGAAGGAAAUACACUGGAAUAAUGAGAUAAAAUGUUUAAAAUAUGCUGGAUUGCUUUCCCAGAGCUUUUUUGCUGUUAGUGAUUUUUAUUUUGAAGUUCUGCACAGGAAGGGGGCGUCGUUUUAAAUGGGUCUUUAUUUAGGUAUUUUUCCAAUAAAUAGACUACACAUUCAUUGAACCACCUGAAGAAGAGAACCUGUUUACAUUUGGCUGGAAUUGCUGAUUACGUUUGUUAUCAGGACCCCAAAAAAUUAUAAUUUAAACAUGGUUUUUGGAGAAAGAAAUAGAAAUAUUUGGAUUUUUUUUCCUUCCCUUAAUUAACCAAAGAAAAAAAAAACAAAAAAAAAAACAAAAACAGCUCCUCCUUACAUUUUAAAGCUGUAAAAUGUUUGCAGGGAGGCCAGAACACAAAGUCCUGGAUUACAAAGUAGAAGAUCGUAUAUACUCUAACUUCAAAAAAAGUAAAGUCCAGAAAAUUUGUAUUUUUAAAAAAAAGAUUUAGUGUCAUCCAAAUAACUCUGCCACAAGAAUUUGUUUGUUAAAAACUAUUAAUGUAGUAAGAUUUAAUCCCCUCCUAAAUUAAUGUAGUCAGGUUAAAAAGGUUUAGGAGUUUUUAAGAGUGCAAUUUAUGCUGCGGAUCUUUUUCAGGGAUGCCAGUAAAUUUGUUUACGUCUGCAGUUGACUUGUGUUUACCCGAAAAGCCAUGUUCAGUUUACAUUUAAAUUCAUCUGCACUCCUCCAAUAACACUUAGGGGCAUGUCAAAAUUAACUGGAUACUGGGCGUAAAUGUGGGUUGCUGUAAUUUCCUCCCUUUUUUUUUUUUUUUUUUAAGUGUUCAUAUAUUUGAAUAUGUCAGUCUGAAGUCUAACUGCUCAAAAAUCUGUUGAUUUGAUCUGAGAUCUGUUUUCACACUACUUACUGCUUCUCAUUCCUGUGAUUUCUGCUGCAUUUUAAAGGGACCUGCAGGUGUUUUUAUUUAGUGUUUUGAAGUAAAAUAAAAGUGAAUGUGAAUCUAAAAGGGUAAUUAACCACCAGAUUGACUUUAUUCAUGUACGAAUUCCAAGUUUAUUUCAAUAAAUAAGUUUCUUUCACACUA